GGCAGUCUCCCGGCUACAGCUUCUGUGGCGGAACUUCCCGUCGCUGUUGUGGGUUAACGGGUUGUCUCCGGGUUCUUUAGCCGUUAGCUUUCCUCACUAACAGGCGCUGAUUAAAACGCUCAGCUUGUGCUUCUUAAAUCCAGACAGCGCUGAAAGCGUGGAGGAAUGAGGUGUCUGUCUGUUCGCGCGCAGUUUAUUAACUCUUAUUUUUUUAUUCGGUUAAAUCUGUAGUUUAUAUUAUUCAGUCUGGUUAGCCAGACGUCCAGGGAAUGCAGAGCUCAGUUAUUUAGGUUAGCUAGCUUUAGCUAACAGACUAGCCUGGCUUCUGCAGCACAACUGAGGAGCUAAGAUACAUUUUAAAGGUUUAUUUUCUACCUGUUAAAUAUAUAUAAUCUUAUUAAAUACAUGUUUAGCUCGUAGGGCUCACUGUAACAUUGGAUUUGAGCUAGCUGGCUUGUUUGUUAAGGUGUUUCUCAAGCAGCUAGAAGCUAACUAGCAUCCCCUCUAACCAUCGGAUUCUUCUGGAAAUGGUAGACGCCCUCAUGUGCCCAUGGAGAAGGAGGCCUUCGAGGGAUGGCUGGAGUCAGUCUCCGCCUCCUUCCUGGCAUUGAAUGACCAGCAGCGCAAUCAGUCGUUGGACCACCUGAUCUCGCUGAGCGGUGCCGUCCAACUUCGGCACUUAUCCAAUGGGCUGGAGACGCUGCUGAAGCGGGACUUCUUGCGUCUGCUGCCCCUGGAGCUGGCCUUCUACCUGCUCCGCUGGCUGGACCCUCAAACGCUGCUUACCUGCUGUUUGGUGUGCAAGCAGUGGAACAAAGUAAUUAAUGCCUGUACGGAAGUAUGGCAGGGCGUGUGCAGAGACUUGGGCUGGCGAAUUGACGACUCCAUCCAGGACGGUGUGCACUGGAAACAGGUGUAUUUGAAGGCCAAGAUUCGUAUGAAGCAGCUGAAAGAGGAAAAUGCCUUUGAGACCAGCUCACUGAUUGGGCACAGUGCCCGUGUGUAUGCGUUAUACUACAAAGACGGUCUGCUCUGCACAGGUUCUGAUGACCUGUCAGCGAAACUGUGGGAUGUUCGCACUGGGCAGUGCAUUUAUGGCAUCCAGACACACACCUGUGCAACUGUGAAAUUUGAUGAGCAGAAACUGGUGACAGGGUCUUUUGACAACACCAUUGCAUGCUGGGAGUGGAGUACAGGUGCUAAAAUUCAGCAGUUCCGUGGACACACUGGUGCAGUUUUCAGUGUGGACUACAAUGAUGAGUUGGACACGUUGGUCAGCGGUUCAGCAGACUUCUCUGUCAAAGUGUGGGCUCUGUCAGCUGGGGCCUGUCUCAACACCCUUACCGGACACACGGAAUGGGUCACUAAGGUACUUUUACAGAAGAGCGAAGUUGAGUCCAUGAUGCACAGUCCUGGUGACUAUAUUUUACUGAGUGCUGAUAAGUAUGAAAUCAAGGUGUGGCCCAUUGGGCGAGAGAUCAACUGCAAGUGCUUAAAGACGCUGUCUGUCUCCGAGGACCGUAGCGUCUGUCUCCAGCCCCGCCUACAGUUUGAUGGCCGCUACAUCGUCUGCAGCUCUGACCUAGGUGUCUACCAGUGGGACUUUGCCAGUUUUGAUGUCGUAAGAGUCAUCAAAUCGCCACAAGACCCGUUCAGUCCUUCCCUGCUCAGCUUCGGCAAGGUGUUUGCCCUCCUCUUCGAUAACCACCACUUGUAUGUCAUGGACCUGAGAACUGAGGCCAUCACUGGUCGCUGGCCACUGCCGGCCUACCGCAAAUCCAAAAGAGGCUCCAGCUUUCUGCCAGGGAUUACUUCAUGGCUCAAUGGAUUUGAUGGGAAUAACGAUGCAGGCCUGGUUUUUGCCACCAGCAUGCCUGACCAUAGCAUUCAUCUGGUUCUGUGGAAGGAGAAUGGAUAGACAAGGGAUUGAAUUCACCCCAGCUUGGAUUGAGAGCAGGGACUCAACGAAAAACCUUAAAACAAGAAAAGGGUGCUCUUGAUUUUCAGAAACUUGCAGCCAACUACGUUAGAUAUUGCAUGGACCAAACUUCUUUCUUUUUUCUUUUUCUCACUCUGCUCUGUUUGCUUUUAUGUUUAAGAAGAAGAAAAAAGAUAACAGGCUCUUACAAUCUCUCAUACAGUCAUGUACAGAAUCAUACUUGUGCAAACAAAUAUCUCACAUCUAGUAGCAGAGUGUGGAGUUACCACAAAGGGCGAACGGUUGGACUAACUGAGUUUAACUUGCUUUAAACUUGUUUAUGCAAGUUAAUAAUUGAACAGUAGGAACAACAAGGCAACAGUGCUCAACUGAAAGGUUAUAAAAGUCGAGCUGCAGUACAUUCUCCCAAAUUCUUUUCCCAAAAUUAAUAAUGUAAUUUGUCUUUGAGCCUAAUUAUAUUUUUUAAUAAAAAGAAGUUUAUUUUGUAAGUUACACAUUUACAUGCGGAAUACAGGGAAAUGUUGCCUUAAUUCCUUUACUUCCUUUAAAAAAGAAAGAGAGAGAGAUUCUUGCAGAUGAAACUGCACAUGCUCUCGCUACCAGUUCAAGCAUCUGCAGUUUUCCUUUUCUUUUCAUGAAAAUACUCAUCUGCAGUCUGGUGUGUAGGAAUGUCACUAGGUUUCAUUAACACGCUGACCCAUGUUUUAAAUUUUCACUUGAAAUGAGUCAUGUGCCUUUUUUAGUUUUAACACAUAUGUGACAAAUCUUAUAAUUCAGUAUUACCACCCCUAACUUCAAGUAUGCUUAUUUUUUACACUCAUUUUUUAACCCAAUGUAAUCAGCACCUCAAUAUGUACUAUUUACUACACUAUUUACACAUGCUACUUCACUGGAAAGUGUUUCACAUGAAUCUCGUUGAAUUUUUUACUCAUCAUUUUUAAAAGCUGCUUUAGGUCAGUGAGGAAAAUGGCAAGGCUAUCAUUGUCAUUUCAGAUAUCACUUGUUCAGCUCUACAGUUUUGCAGGUCCCAUAGAUUCGCAGAUAAAAGUCCCACCUUUCUAUUUUUUUAAUGUUAAUCAAAAAAGUAAUCGGACAAACUUUUAGUAUAGAAUGUUUUCUGUCUUUUGGUAGAGGCUCAGUAGCUUCCUUGGUGUUUCUUUAGUGCUUUUGCGUACAUAGUUUUCUCAAAUAUCGGCUUGCAAAUAUGUGAAACUCCCCCAUUUUUUUUUGGUUACAGUGGAUUUUGGUGGGAUUCUAGUAACAAUGACACUUUCCCCCAGAACAAAGUGGAAUUGAGUGUCCACGCCACGGCUCAGUUAUCAUCAACACUUUAACACUGGAACCUGGGCUUUAAUCUCCAUAUGCACAGUUGACUGAUCACUUCUUUCUAACAUCACAAUCUCACAACAGUAACUCUCGUCACUGUAGACAAUAUUGCCAUUCAUUUUCAAAUAGCAACUAUCAGGUUUGUUGGUUGUAUAUAAAAUUAUAAUGCUGUCUUUCAAAUAAAUGAAAGUAGCUAAGGGUA